AUGAAGUCCUUAGAGGUGCAGAAGGACUCCAUAUUGGCGGCGAUUGUGAUGGAGUGCGUGAAGAACAAGUCGUCGGAUGGCGCAUACCAGAGCUCUGUCUUGUAUCAGCGUUUAAGCUCACCAGAGACACGCAACUUGGUGUAUCAGUGCUGUCUGGAGUUAGUGGAGGAUCCUCAGCGGCGCAGAGAUGUUGGCCAGCUGCUAUUGAAUUACAUCUCUAGUUUUCCACCAUCACAGGCAAUCCUUCAGGGAAUCACCAACAAAUGCAGACCGUACGCGGCUAGUCGUUCCUCAUACAGCAGUAUUUAUCAAGAGCUAAAGACUGUCGUUGACACCUAUCUUCAUCACAAACCGCUCAGUUACAUGCUCGGGCGUACUCUUCCGCCAGGAAAGGAGGCACUGAGCUUCCGCCAGAAUGAAUUAAGUAGAAAUCCUGUUUACAUUCAAAAGUGCAACCUUCAGCCACCAAUACCGCAACACACGGAGAAGGGGAAACGCAUCGUGCCCCUAUCCGGCUGGUCUGAUGAAGAGUUUACGGCGACGGCGAGAGAGAAGAACAAGGCUCACAGUCGUCUCUGGACGGUGAAGUAUCACGUCGUUGGGUGCAAGGAGUAUAUCAACCAACUACCCCUUGAAUGCACUGAUGCUGUCAUUGAACAACAAGUGCGUGUGCUCAACUCGUUUUGGGAAAAGUAUCCCACAAAUCCUGCUGUCCUUCGAGCAACAUCGUUUCUCAUCAAGUUGAUGUGUGACGCAUAUGUAUCGAAGAUACCCCUGCAAUCUAACUACUCAUUCUUCCGCUCAGUCAGCAUUUGCUACCUUCCGACAUUGUUCGAAAUGAUGAAUAGUACUUACACAUACGUUCGAAAUCAUGUGUAUGACAUCCUGCUAACGUUGGGCAUGCACUUUCAGUUAGUGGACACGCAGGGAGUAUUCCCAGGAUGCACGGAGGCUCUUGAAGAGGAGUUGAGGUGGCUCCUAUUGAUAAUUCUUCAGAAGCAAUCACUUCAUGAGGGUAGCGAUGGAAUGGUGUGGACGGCUGCGGCAAAAUGUGCAGUGGCUAUCAUACCCCCACAGAAGCUUUAUCUCAUUGAUGGUCGUGCCCUUUAUCAGUUUCUAACACUUCCCACUAUCGUCGCGUUUUAUCCUCAGCUUUACACCACGUUCGCUGAGGCAUUUGCAAAAAAGGUACUGAGGUGGGAACCUUCCAGUGACGAUUUGGAAGAUAACAUGAGUUUAGAUGAAAAAGAGUUUGAGAAAAUAGGCCAUCGACCCGUUGCCAGGCUGUUGCAUUUGUACCGCCAAGCAAUGACAUCGAGUGCCCGCCUCGCAUUUUUCCAGGUUCUCUUUACCCACGCGGUAAGUGUUGCACAGGGCUCAACCACUCCGUCAAAGUUCUACCCGGAAAACCUGAGACGCUGCUACAAUGAACUAGUUAAGGUUGGCUUUCACUGGCAUCUACACUCAUUGCUAUUCUACCAGUCACAUCAGGUGUUUCGUGAACUACCAGGCCAUAUUACAUAUGAUAUGGACAUAAAAGAAAUGAGAGAGUGCAAGACUGAAGCAGUGGCCAUCGUCCAGUGCAUCCUGCAGAUUGUUGAAGAGGAUGCACGUCUGCCUGACGUAAUUAUGAGCGCAUUUAGAAACACCGUAGGAACACGUGAAGAGAAGCGUGAAACACUGGCUAAUGUGGUAUCCGAUUGCUUGUCCAUGAUUCCAGUCAUGUUGAAAGAGGAUACAGACGGUGUCUUGUAUAACAUUGGAUGGCGCAUGGUGUUUUACUGCAUGCGUCUAAGCCGAGAAAAUCUGUCGUCUGACCGUUGCACGGCGAUGUUAGAGAAACUCUCGACAAAUCUGGUUUCUUUCAGUGAGUCGAAGGAUCGACUAGAACUGGCGAAAAUCAGGGGAGUGUGUCCUGAUGUGUUAGCUGCUUUAACAUUUCUUGGACGAAAGCAUCCCAAUCAGGCAGUGGAGCCGUUUAGCAUUUUGAUUGAGCGAUUUCUUCUCGACAGUGAGGUGAUAGACAUCCAGAGUGUCAUGCACCUCUACUAUCGGCUUGUUGGGUCAAUCGUUAUUCAGAAUGGACCAUUUAAAGGAUCACCUCGGGCUGAUCUGUCGCAGAUGUUGUGUGGUGAGCAGCUUGUCACGGCGCAGUCUGUUGUGGAUGGGCUUGGAGUUCGUUUGUUAUGGGCUCUUUACCGAGCACUGUGCCCGCUGCAAAUGUUUUCUACCUGCCGUGCACGCCAUGUGGUGGCAUCUCUUCUUGAUGAGCUGGAUCCUGUUGGCGGCAGCCGUCAAGCGCACUCGUGGAAAACGGUCAUGGCGGAUCCCUACCCACCUGUUGCCUUGAUUGGGGCUCAGAAGAUUCUGCAAAUGUACGGCAGGACUGCGUAUGAUCGCUUUGAUGAGGCGAUGAGCAUUCCGCAAAAGAGUGAGAAGGGAGACUCUGUGUACGUUCUCGCAAUCAAGGUGGCGCAGCUAGCGGAGUCACGAAACGAGUGA